GAGUUGACUUAUUCGCCGUAACUUUCACUUUCGUCCUCCACGUGGAAAGCGCUUCACGCUUUUUACUCACAUGUGUAAUUCAUUCAAAGGUGCAGCAUAGGAACAAAUACGCAUUGAAGAACAAUAACUUUACUCAUAAAAGUCAUCUUUAAGCAUUUUCUUUCCCCCCUCUGCUUACAUAAAUCAUCGUGCGAACAUGCAGAGAAGGAAGAUGGUUAACAGUUUGGGUUGAACAUUCGCUAUAAAACUGAAAUUGCCAUUUCGAUUUGAAGCUUUUUUACGAAAGAGGAAAAAAACACGACCAUAAAUUAACUCAUAAAAGGAUGACACAGAACCUUGUGCUUCGAUUGAACAAACCCCUGUUUUAUAACGCGAAAGGGAUUAGCAGGAUCCUCAACCUGGAGUGCAAGCAAUGCGUGAACUGUCAUUCCACAUUUAAAAGAUGCUUCUCCAUAGACACGAUAAAAGUACCCAGGCUUGGAGAUUCCAUUACGGAAGGCACCAUCAGCGAAUGGAAGAAAAAAGUGGGUGAUUAUGUUAAGGUGGAUGAAACGAUAACGAUUAUCGACACGGACAAAGUAAGCGUCGACAUAAACUCCAAAUCCAGUGGGGCGCUUUCAAAAAUAUUUGCAGAAGCGGGAGACAUCGUUUUGGUCGAUGCGCCCCUGUGCGAAAUAGACACUUCAGUGGAGCCACCUGCUCACAUAUCAGAAGUGAAGGAAGAAAUAGCACAAAGCAAAACUGUGCAAGCGAGUGAACAAAAUGGAAGCGAAAAGGAGGAAGGUAAAAAGGACCAAAAUAGCGCGCACAAAGAAAGCGAAAGAAAAGUAAGUGAAGCGAAUAACACAAGAGUGCUAUACGAAGCCGUCAGUGAAAGAACCGAAACGAGAGUGCGCAUGUUGCCAAUAAGAAAACGAAUUGCCGAAAGGCUCAAAGAAUCGCAAAACACGUGCGCGUUGCUAACCACAUUUAACGAAUGCGACAUGAGCAAAGUGAUAGUCCUACGCAGUGAGUUAAAAGACAUCUUUCAAAAGAAGUAUGGAUGCAAAUUAGGGUUCGUAUCCCUCUUCAUGCAUGCGUCAACCUUAGCUCUAAAAAAAAUGCCACAAGUAAAUGCAUACAUAGAUAACGAUGAGAUUGUGUACCGAAAUUAUGUUGACAUAUCCGUAGCAGUGGCCACACCCAACGGAUUAACAGUUCCUAUCAUUCGAGAUUGCCAAAAUAAAAAACUAUCAGAACUUGAACUGGCUCUAUCCGAGUUGGCUACCAAAGCGAGGAACAACAAAUUGUCGUUAGACGAUUUCACGGGUGGUACUUUUACCAUUUCGAAUGGAGGCGUUUUUGGCAGCAUGUUAAGCACACCCAUUGUGAACAUGCCGCAGUCGGCUAUACUAGGUAUGCACACAAUAAAAGACAGAGCCGUAGUGGUAAACAAUGAAAUUGUCAUUAGGCCUAUCAUGUAUUUGGCCCUAACUUAUGACCACAGAUUGCUCGAUGGAAGAGACGCCGUGCAGUUUUUAAGCGCAAUAAAGGACUAUAUAGAAAACCCGAGCCUCAUGCUGAUUGAUUGA